GUUGUCUUUGUGUAACGAGUGGAGCUCGAUCUCACAUCACUCUUCCCUCUUCCCCGAGUCCUCUCUAAACUCUCCCCCGGGUUUCUACCCUCCCGAACCUCUCCCCUUCUACCCUUACAACCCCAACCCUCCCCCCGGUCACACACACCAGCGCAGGAGGCAGAUCCAUCUCAGUGACCAACGACUCUAGUUCUAUACAGACGGACAGAUUUCAGUUGCAGUUAUGGACUCCGGUGUGAUUGAAGGAGGCCUUAAUGUCACCCUUACCAUUAGGCUGCUCAUGCAUGGCAAGGAAGUUGGAAGUAUUAUUGGAAAGAAAGGUGAAUCUGUGAAGAAGAUGAGAGAAGAGAGUGGGGCUCGCAUCAACAUCUCUGAGGGAAAUUGUCCUGAGAGGAUCAUUACAUUGGCAGGUCCCACCACGGCCAUCUUUAAAGCAUUCUCCAUGAUUAUUGAAAAGCUGGAAGAGGAUAUAAGCAGUUCAAUGACAAACAGCACAGCUACCAGCAAGCCCCCAGUGACUCUUCGCAUUGUGGUGCCUGCUAGCCAGUGUGGCUCCCUCAUUGGGAAAGGUGGCUGCAAAAUCAAGGAAAUUCGUGAGUCAACUGGUGCUCAGGUACAAGUGGCAGGAGACAUGCUUCCCAACUCAACGGAGCGUGCCAUCACAAUUGCCGGCACUCCCCAGUCCAUAAUUGAGUGUGUGAAGCAGAUCUGUGUGGUCAUGCUUGAGUCUCCUCCAAAGGGGGUCACUAUCCCAUAUCGACCCAAGCCUUCAGGAUCUCCUGUCAUCUUUGCAGGUGGACAGGCAUAUGCCGUACAAGGACAGCACGCGAUUCCACAACCAGAUACGGCAGGAGAACAUUAUCAAGAGAUGCAGUCUGCACUUUGGAGGAAUACCUAUGGGCUCACAAAGCUUCACCAGCUGGCCAUGCAGCAGAGCCCCUUCCCCAUCGCACCAAGUAACCAGGGAUUCACUGGGAUAGAUGCUUCUGCUCAACCCAGUUCCCAUGAGAUGACCAUUCCAAAUGAUCUUAUUGGGUGCAUCAUCGGCCGCCAGGGAGCCAAGAUCAAUGAGAUCAGGCAAAUGUCAGGCGCUCAGAUCAAGAUUGCAAAUCCAGUGGACGGGUCGACUGACCGACAGGUUACCAUCACAGGGUCACCUGCCAGCAUCAGUCUGGCUGAGUACCUCAUCAACGCAAGUGUAGAGUCCUCUAAACCUCCUCCCUCCUCUUCCUCCUUGAACCCUGAACAGACCAGCCUGUGCCCUCCCUCCACCUCCACUACUACUACUACCAAUACUACUACUACUACCACCACCACCUCCUCUGCUGCUACCUCCUCCUUCUCUUCCUCCUCCUCCUCUUCCUCCUGUGUGGUGCCCCCCUCAGCCUCCAUCCCACUGUCCUUGUUGGCUCCAGGGCCGCCUCCUCCCUCCUCUUCCUCCUCCUCCUCCUCCUCCACUGAUUCCCUGCUCCCCAGCUCUCCUGCCUGUGUGUCGAGUCUUCUCAGUCUCAAGCCCCUUCCUCUACUGGCCCUCCAUGUUGUCAGCGGGUCCAGUAACGCCGCACACCCAAUCCCCACUGAGCCAAAAAUUGCCCCAGAGCUCGGCUCCAAGUCUAAAAGGCGAAGGCUGUCCCCUUACUAAUGAAGGAAACAUAAGUCAUCUUCUAUUAAGUACUGACAAUGCUCUAUGUUGUCUGUAUCUGCACUUGCUUUUGUACCUGGCUGUGCCAUGCCACGCUUCAACACAAAACAAAUGCACACAAACGAGUGAUACAGCCAGAGAGAUGGUUGCUGCCAUAUUUAUACAAAUGGAUAUCUGUAGCUUGAUUUGGCCUGUUCUUAAAAUAAAUGACUUGUGUGGAUUAUAUUUUUAAAUGACUUUAAACUUACUUAGCAUGGACAGUGAGUUAUUACUGAAGCUUUUCUCUCUUUGUGUAAGCUCUGCUCAGGUAGCGGCUCUCUUUAAGAUGUCAAGUUGUAUUAAUGAGUAUACUUUAUCUUCUAGUGAAUUUUAAGUGACUAAUGUUAGCUGUCAUAAUCGAACAAAUACAUAAUAUGUGUCACUUUUUCUGCAUUAUGUAAGAAGCUGUUGUAGUUUCAGUUCUAAAUAUGCCCUCAGGUAUCAAAGGUACCAUAUCAUUCUUGUAGAUAGUGUUACACCAGUUUAGUGUAAUUUUAAAGGAAUAGUAUACCAUUUCUUGAAAUAAAUUGUUCUUUCUUCAAAUUUAAAGAAAAUCAGCGUAAUCUCUUAUACAGUAAAUUUGUAGCUGGAAGUUGGUCGACUUAAUUUAGCAUAAAGAAAUGGGAGGUGACUACUUAUUGUAUACAAUCUGGCACCUAUAAAUCGGUGUGGUACAAUGCAGUAGUUAAACCAGUGUGAAGGUGUGACAUCAGGCUAUUUUGUGGUACAGUCACUUCCUGUAGUGAUCUCUCAAACUUGAGGAAAAAGUUAGAAACUUAGUUGUUUUUAUAUUUGUAGAUUAAAAACAAACAUUUAAAAGAGUGAGCAUCAGAAAACCCAUUAGAUUUAGUCCCAGAGCUCGCCGUUUACCUCGUCGUUUCCAGUUUUUUAUGUUUCAUUUCACAAUCCUACACUCGAGAAACUAAACGGUGCAUAUUCCAAAUUGCUGAGUUCAUCUUAAAUCCUUGCGUAUCAGUUUUGACGUCUGGUCAAUCAGCUGUUACCACUGAUGAUAUAAGCAGCCAAACAUGGAACCUUCUUUUUUCUGUGUCAACAAAAAUGUCCCACUCAGAAAACCCUGCUAUAAGACUUUAUUAUUAUAAUAUUAAUGUUAUGUAUUAUUGUUAUCAUGGUUGACAUAUAUCAUGUCUGUCUGAUUGCAUGCCUUACUCUCUCUCUCCCUCCCUGGUCUCCGGGUGUCUGUCUGUC